GGAAUUGCGGCUUGCAAUAUCGGCGGUGUCACGGUCCACUCGUUUGCUGGAUUCGGUUUAGGGAUCGAAAAUGCCAAAGAAUUGGCUGGGAAAGCUCGCAAAAAUAAGAAAGCAUUCGCUAGAUGGACUAGGACGAAAGUACUUAUCAUUGAUGAA